AAACAUUUCCUUCUUCCGGCAAAUUAGUUUAUUUCGCUCUAUGAACUUCUAUUUACUGUUUGCUUAUAUCGACUUUUUGCUUCAUUGGAUUCUUUAUUGUUUACCUAAAAGAAAAACAACAAAAAACAUCCGACAAAGUUUUUCUCCCGUGCAAAACUUAAUCGACAACAACUUUUGCAUUUUUUACAUCGAAGUAUCUUCUUGUUGGAAGUUGACCAUGUGCGUAUUAGAAGAAAUGAAGCCAACCUUUUGAGAUGGACAUAAUUUUUAUAUAUCAUCUUUAGUAAACAACAAUGGAAAUCGGUUUAAGCAUUGGAAUAUGAACUGAAUUUUAAGGAAGGAGAAUCUGGAAAAUUGUUAAAAAUGUCACAAAAGCGAAAACAUUCGCGUUUGGAUUGUAUGAUUCCCAGUAAAGUACAAAAAAUGGCAUCACGUAAAAUCAUUUCUAAACCAAGUUUGGAAGAUAUAAUUCCACAUAAAGUAAGAAAAAAAGCUUCAUUUAAAACAAUUACUAAAAUUGUUUCAGAAAAACAAGGUUGUAAUCUAUGGAUUAAUAAUCAAAUUGAUUUGCGUAAAAUAUAUUUAACAAAUUUCCUUUGUGAGUUAUUUGCUAUGAGAGAUAAUGUAAGUGAUUCAGAGUUUCACAAGAAAGCUCUGGUGAAGAUAAAAUCAGUUAUAAGGGGAAUUACCUCAUGGAAUUAUACAAGUCUGCCAAAAACCAUUUGCUACUUAAAGAAAUUGAGCAAAAUCCAUCAUGGUUCAAACCCACCAUUUCAAAUGUUACAUCACAAAGUAAAAUUUCGACCACUUCAAAAAAUUACAACUCAUUUUGUGAAUUUCAACCUUCUUUCUGAACAGUUAUCAUUUAUUAAUAUAACAAAGAUUUUGAUGCUUUAUGAUGUUGCUGUCAUUUAUGACUCCUACAGCUUGUCUAUAAAUUACAUUAAUCAAGAUGGACUUUGUGAAACUUACUAUUUUAACUCUCCCAUCACAGAUAUGACACAAGUGGGAGAGCAUACUGUUAUGGGAAGUCUUCCUUUCAGGAAUAAAAUCAUCUUAAUUCAUCCUUUCAGUCUGGAAUUGAUAACUCUUGACCAUGGUUUUUAUAAACUUUCCUAUGUAGAAGGAACAAAAUUUGUUGGUGUGAAGUUGUUUUCUAAAACCAUUUACCUUGUGGACUGGAUUCAAAGAGAUAUACACGCUUUAUUUAACAUUAAUCACUUCAUUUCAUCAAUUGCUGUUGGACCUCGAAAACUUAUUCUGGUGGCUUUCAGUAUCAUUCCUUGUGUUACCUGUUAUAAUCUCCAGGGCAGAAAAUUAUUCCAGUUUGAUGUUCCAUUCAAUGAUAAACUGAUAGAAAUUGUAGCCAACCAAAAAUAUUUCUAUUUCUUUGAAAACAAUAAUAUUUUCAAGGUUUCAGAAUUUGGUGGCAUUUCUAAGAGAAUAGUUGAAAGAACUCCUCAAAAGAUUUAUCUUCACCAAAACAAUCUUGUUUUAUUCAGUAAUUUUAAAUAUCAAAUUAUCACCCCUAAUUCUGGCCACGACAAACCUAUUUUUCUCAUAAUCAAAGUCCAAGGUAUCUCACCAGUCUAGAUAUUGAAAAUGCACGUGAUAUAAGGGCUGUAAUACCAAUAUCAAGACAUUGUUUUAUAAUUAUUUAUUUAGAAAAUUUCAUAAAGUUACUCAUUCUUCGUGAUGAAAAGAAAAUUAUUGAACAUUCGUUAACCCUGGAAUCACCUUUGAUUGAUGUCUCUCGAUGGGCUGAGGACAAGAUCAUUGUUUCAUUUGGCAGGAAAUUCCAAAAGAUCUCCUGGGACAAUUAUAAUCUUGUUGCAACAAAUAUACAAGCGACUGCAAGUGAAAUUUACAUCCAAAUUAGUCAUAUUAUAUCUGACAAAUUUGUAUGUUUAGUAGAUGGACAUAAAGCUCAACUACAUAUCAUAUGUGUGACAGAAAGUAAAAUUGAACCUAUUGAGUUUAUAAAUUUGGAGCAUGGAAAUGUCUCCAUUGCAGCCUCCCCACUCAAUUUAAUGGUAGUGGACAAAAUGGAUGAAAAACUUGUGGUUUUUUCUACUGAUGGAGAACAAUUAUUUCAAAUACAGCUUCCUGUGAUUGAACAGCCAAGGAAAGUGUAUUCAGACAUCCUUUAUUUUUAUAUAAUUUCUAACAACAACUCAAUUAAGAUAUAUAAUAUAUUUGGACAGCUAAAGAGAGAGUGGAAAAUUCCACGUCAUUUUCUGCCAGUAAUUGGUGUUCAGAAAGGGACAGUUACCAUUGUGGACCCAAUAAACAGUAUACUUCAUUGCUAUAAAUUUCUUUGUGGUGAUGGGUAUCAAGUUCCAGUGAAGACUCUUAAAGAUACCACAAGCACUGAUAUAAUUUAUGAUGACCAAAAUCAAAUCAAAGCUAUUAUUGGUUCUGUAUGUCUUGUGCCCAAUGGUCAGUUAGCUAUUGCUGAGUGGGGAGAAAAUAAAUUGUUACUAUGUUGCAAGAAAGGAAAUAUUAACCAUCAGCUUAGCGUACCAUCUCCAAUUACUGAUAUCUGUCGAUGGGAUUGCAACAAUUUAGGAUUAACAUUACCUCUUGAAAAACAACUCUGGAUUUUUGAUUAUGUUUCAAAUUAUAUUAGAGUAAGAUCUUUUGAACAGCCAUAUGUUCUUAUACAUAAGUUAGACAAUGACAGGGCUAUUUGCUACUGUGACAAAUCUAAGUGUCUAGAUAUAGUUACAAUAAAACUCACUAGUCAACAACCAACCAGACGUUUAGCUAUAUGUCCCAGUUAUAUCAGAUCUUUACAUUUGUGGCACAACAAUAUUCUGGCACUUACCAAAAGUCAAUUGUUGAAAUACAACACUUCUUUUUGUGGUUCUCCUACUAUUUUGUAUCCCAAAUUUGGUUCUGGAAGAUGUCUGUAUGAUGUAUGUUCUGACAAAACAGCCAUAUAUUUAAUUGAUGACUCACAAAUGCUUUCAUUCAAUGAAGAAACAUUAAUGGUUUGUGAUUAUGUGUCUUGCCAGCAGCUUAAAUCUUUCAUUGAUCAACUUGAUAUCUUCUCCUGUACAGCAGUUGUUACUGAUACAUUAUCAUCUGUAGUACAUCGUCAUGAUAUAUCAAUGACAUUAAAUAAACAUGUCUAUCAAGUACCACAUACCUAUAAAGACACAAAGAGGAUCAUUAUUUCAGCUCUGUUAAUUACAGAUAACAAUUUAAUAGUAAUCUGUGAUAAAAACAACUGCAGCAUAAAGAUAUUAACUUUUAAGGGUGAACUAAUUGAUACGUUGGAUUUGAACUCAUCACCUACAGGGAUUUGUCGUUGUUUAUCCAAUAGUUUUGCUAUUUCCACCAACACAGACAAACUGUUAACAGUUCAAGUUCAGUUUCCUUUAACAUAUGUCAGCUUUAAAACAUGUAAGAACUACAGAUGCAUUGCUUCAUUCUCAGAUGGACGUUUAGUAUGUAGCUGGACAGACAAUGGAAGCUGUGGUCUAAGUAUAGUUGAUUUAAAAUCAUCUGUUUUUAUGGAAAAGCACAUAAAUGGUUGGAAUGAAAUAAGGAGGAAAACUAUUCAUGAUAUGACAGUUACUCCCAAUGAUGAAAUAGUGGUUCACUGUUAUGAUGAAGAUGAUACUUUUAGUGAAGUAAUAUUCUUAAAUAUCCAUGGUCAAAUCACAAAGCAAGUAACUCCUCUUAAUAUGUCCAUGCCUAUUAGUAUCACUAGUGAUAAACUUUAUAUUUACAUAAUAACAAGUCAACCAAUUGACUACUAUUACAGGGUCACACGUUUGUCGAUGGAUGGCAAAUAUCACAGCAUGUUUCUUCAUCCGCAUGAGUUAAUUGACGAAUCAGUGUUAACUGCUAUGAACUGUCGGGGACCACGAUUUGUUAUGGUCAACAGUAGCAAUAAUCUUUAUACAGAAGGAUUGUUGUCUCUUAAUAGAGAAAUAUUUUCAGUAUCUCAUCUCCAAUGUGAUAACUUCCCAGUACAAGUGAAAGAUUUUGAUGUAUCUGAGAGAGGUCAGAUUGUUAUCUAUGACAGAAAGAAUGACAUUAUUAAAUGUUUUAGAAGUGGUGGAUUGUUUUUGUGUCACAAGAAAAUUAAUUUCAUAGUGGGAGGGUUAUGUUUCAUUGAGACAGGGAAUAUUCUAAUCACUGUUCCCCAGAUAAGAGAAAUACAGGAGUUGAGUAAAAACACUUUAAGUGUUAAGAGGGUAUUUAAUACUGAAAUACCAUAUUGUAAAAUAUACCGAAAAAUCCACAAUCAUUAUUGGUGUCAGGAUUUAGAAUCAACUGAAUGUCAUCUUGUUAAAAUAGAAAAUAAUAACACUAUUGUAAUUAUUCAGAAAAUUCUGCUUAUCCAACAUCCUGAAUAUCAGUUUUGGUUCAAUUCUGAAGAAGAGAAAAAUAGAUUUAACCAAGAAGGGAAAUUGCGAAAUAGUCCAGAUUUGUACAUCCAAGCUAUAAAAAGAUCCAGAAAUUGUAAUAAGAGAUUGCUCAAACAAGCUGGUGAUUAUAUUGCAAGUUGUAGAGAGGGAUCAAAUAUUGUAGCAGUAAGGAAAUUGCCACGGAGAAAGGAAAUUGUUUGCAUUCCUCAUUCAGUAGAUAAAACUUUAGAAACCUCUCACUAUGGAGCACAUUUUCUUCUUCUGGACAACAAUAAAAUGGUUGUAAGUUAUAAUGACAAUGUAAUAGUAGUAAGAACUAAAGAAACAGCAAUGGAAACAUCUGAAAAUUUACACAAAUUCAAAACUGAUGCUGAAGUUAGUAACCUUUGUCAAUGGAAGCAGGAGAGUCUUGUUUUUUGUCUUCCUUCAGAAAAACAAUUUGUAUUUUAUAAUUCUGAUUUCUCUUUACAGGAAAGAAUCUGUACAGACAAAAGCUAUGAGUAUAUUGGCAAAACCAGCAAUAAUUGCUUGGUAUGUUGUAGAGGAGGUGGAGUAAAUAGAUUAGGGAGCAGUGAGAUAUAUAGUGGUGCCUGUAUAGAUAUAUUGCUCAUUGAAGAUAGCACUUAUGUUUACAAGAGUCAGAAUGAUAUAACUGAUGGUAUUAUAUACGAUAUAGCUGUGAUGUUAGAUGGUGAUGUUGUAGUGAGUGGAGAAUUUCAAGGUAAAGAUUCAGUUUGUUGGUUCAACCAUGAUAUCAUCAAGAUAAUAGUAGUACCUGUAAUUGGAAAUCCAAAACGAAUCACAGCCUUUGGACAGUAUGCUUACUACUUUGACUGGUAUGGUAUCAUAUAUCGUGUCUCCAUUGAUGGUUAUUGCGAGAGAUAUAUCACUACAGACAAUAGAGAAAUUAUUACAGUUCACGAUUUACAUGCUGCAGAUUUCAGUUUGAUUUUGUUUGGACAAUUUGUUGAAGGUGAUAGUGCUAUCUGCUUUUACCAAAUAUGAAUGCAUUUUACUUCUGAAGGAAUUUUACUAACUAAACAGGAAACUAUAAAGGCCAGGUUAUUUGUGGGCUGCAUGCAUCUCUUAAAUCCUUAUUGCAAAAGCAGAAAUCAGCAAAGAAGAACUACAUUCUGUGUAUAGACUUUUUUGUGUAAUUUAAUCUGAGGAAGAAUCAAAAUAUUCUUAAACCUUCAUGUUUUCUUUGAUACUUGUCACCACCAGAACAUGGUGACAGUGCCGUUAUAAAUAUAAAUUAUCUUACAAAGCAUUAACAGUGCAAUGGCUGGAGUAUUUUCUGUGAUGCAGACUUAGCUACCAUGUUUCCCCGAAAAUAAGCCCUACCAUGAUUUUUCAGAAUGUUUUUAAUGUAAGCCCUACCCCCAAAAUAAGACCUAGUCAAAAAUGCAUCAGCUUGUUAGCAAGACCAUGUGAUGUUUGCAAAGUAAGCCUACUAGCGCAGCUUGGCUAAAGUCUGCACUAAGCAUACACGGAGUUGACUCCCUUGUCCCCCAGAAAAGAUGAGUGCAGAAAGAAAGAGUUAUUCUGUGGAGUACAAGAAAGGAAUUGUGGUAGAGUCACAUAACAAGAAUCUUACGGCUAUCUGUAAGGAGAUGAUGUUAGAUCUCUGAAUGGUUCGAAAAUGGUGAGCAGAGUACAAUAAUCUCAGCAGACAGUUAGAUGAGGGAAGUGCUAAGAAGCACAAGUUUGUAUCAGGUUGACAACCAUUAUUUUUGGAGCUGGAAGAUAUCACUCCGGGAUGGAUUGCUGACAGAAGAACAAAGGCUUUGGUUGUACAUAGGGUUGAUAUUCAAGAAUUUGUUCUUGCAAUGGUACCACAGUCAGAUAUACCCCCAGAGAUAUUCAAAGCAUCACUCAUUGAUUGGAUAACUUCCCUUAGUGAUAUGAGCUCUCUCUAAUAAGAUCGACAACACUGUUCAAGCUGGAGGAUGCUGAAGUGAUUCAACGUGGACUUGCAUUCAAGUCCUUCAUUGAUGGUAUUGACUUUUUAAAAUACAAUCUCUCCAAUAUAAUUGCUAUGGAUGAGACUGCAGUAUUUAUGGGCCAAGGAUCUAAAAUGACUGUUGAACAGACAAGUGCCUCAUCAAUCUACAUUGCCUCAAUGGGUUACAAAAGUGCAAGAAUUACUUGUAUUUUACCAAUUUGUCUUAUCACAAAGGGCAAAAAAGAGAAAAUAGAAUGCGUUUCGGGCAUUUAUGUCCUUGAAACGGAAAAGGCUUGGUGCACACAAGCUGUUAUAAAGAAAAUGAGUUGAUUUUAACUAUGCCACUUGUUUUACAUGGUUCUCAAGAGGUCUUUUAUUCUGGGAUUUGGCCAGUACUCAUCCUGCAAAAAAUAUGUAAACCUUCAUUUUUAAAAGAAGAAUUGACCACAUAAUGAUUCUCAUGGGAAUGACUUCAUAUCUACAAACAUUAGGUCUUGUAAUAAACAAGCUCUUCAAGGAUUAUUUGCAGAUGGAAGUGAAUGACUAUAUCAAACAUAGAAUGGAGAGAAAUCAGCGUGGAAACUUUGUCAAACCCAUCCUCAAAGAAGUUGUGAAUUGGGUGAGGAAUUCAUGGAAUAAAAUUACUGACAGUCGCAUUGCCAAUGGACUACAAGCAAGGUACUUGGACAAAAAGUGUUCAUUUAAGGAAAAUUAUAUUGCCAAGCAUGAGAGAUUGGAGUCCAUGAUUAUACAAGAAGUGGAUUUGCAAGACAUUCAGUCUGAAGUUCAGGGUUUGAUGAUUUAUGACUAUGUUCCAGAAGAGGACAAAAUGUUUCUACUUGACUAAAAACAAUAAGCAAAUAAAUUAACUUUUGAUAAGUAAAA